ACAGUGUUAGGAAAGGAAAGAAAAACGAAAAGAAAGAAAAGCCUGAACGUCCGCACAAGAAGACUAAAAAACCCACAAAAACUUCUUUCUUCUUGGAUUGAUCCACUGUCACUCCCUCGGACCUAGAAAUACUCAAAAUGUUCAGAGCCCUCUCUCUCAGACGUUCCUUCCAAUCUCUCCAUCACCACCACCCCUCUAUAGCUCUCGUCGCCGCCGCCGCCACCGCCACUAGCGGCACUUUGAAAGACCCAUUUAACCCACUACGUGCAUUCUCAACAUCCACUCAGCCUUCUUCUUCUGAUGCUGAGCUUCGCAAGUACCUAGGCUACACAGCGCUUGUCCUUUUCUGUGGAGCCGCCACUUACUAUUCCUUCCCUUUCCCAGAAAACGCCAAGCACAAGAAGGCCCAAAUUUUCCGCUAUGCUCCUCUACCCGAGGAUCUUCACACUGUCUCUAACUGGAGUGGGACCCACGAAGUUCAGACCCGAGCCUUCCACCAGCCCGAGGAUCUCCAACAACUGGAGGAGUUAGUGAAGGAAUCUAAUGAGAAGAAGGCCAAGAUCCGCCCUGUGGGGUCAGGGUUGUCUCCAAAUGGGAUUGGGCUGGCACGGGCGGGGAUGGUUAACUUGGCGCUGAUGGAUAAGAUUCUGGAGGUGGAUAAGGAGAAGAAGAGGGUGAGGGUUCAAGCUGGGAUUAGGGUUCAGCAGUUGGUUGAUGGGAUUAAAGAGUAUGGCAUUACUUUGCAAAAUUUUGCGUCCAUUAGAGAACAGCAAAUUGGUGGCAUUGUUCAGGUUGGUGCACAUGGUACUGGUGCAAGAUUGCCACCUAUUGAUGAGCAGGUAAUUAGCAUGAAACUAGUCACUCCUUCCAAAGGAACAAUAGAGAUUUCAAAAGAGAAAGAUCCAGAGCUCUUUUAUCUAGCUCGCGUUGGUCUUGGGGGCCUUGGAGUGGUUGCUGAAGUCACCUUACAAUGUGUUGAUAGGCAAGAGCUUGUGGAGCAUACGUUCAUCUCGAACAUGAAGGAAAUCAAGAAAAACCACAAGAAAUUGCUAUCUGAGAAUAAGCAUGUGAAAUACCUAUAUAUCCCAUACACUGACAGUGUUGUGGUUGUGACAUGCAACCCUGUUUCCAAAUGGAGGGGUCCACCCAAAUUCAAACCAAAAUAUAGCAAAGAUGAGGCUAUACAGCAUGUUCGUGACCUUUACAAGGAGUCCCUCAAGAAGUACAGGACUGGAGUAAAUGCAGCUAAAUCUGUUGAUGAUGAUGAAACGGACGAAAAUGAGCUUUCAUUUACAGAGUUAAGAGAUAAACUGCUUGCUCUUGAUCCUCUUAACAAAGACCAUGUCAUAAAGGUUAAUCACGCUGAGGCUGAAUUCUGGAGGAAGUCAGAAGGAUAUAGAGUGGGAUGGAGUGAUGAAAUCCUCGGCUUUGAUUGUGGUGGGCAACAAUGGGUCUCAGAAACUUGUUUUCCUGCUGGUACCUUUUCAAAACCAAGCAUGAAAGACCUUGAAUAUAUAGAAGAGCUGAAGCAACUCAUAGAGAACGAAGAGAUACCUGCACCUGCUCCUAUAGAGCAGCGUUGGACAUCUCGCAGCGAGAGCUCCAUGAGUCCUGCUUCAAGCUCAUCCAAAGAUGAUAUAUUCUCAUGGGUUGGUAUAAUCAUGUAUCUUCCUACAAUGGAUGCUCGCCAAAGAAAGGAAAUCACAGAAGAAUUCUUCCACUACAGGCAUUUAAGUCAGACACUGUUGUGGGACAAGUAUUCUGCUUUUGAACAUUGGGCCAAGAUUGAGGUUCCUAAGGACACUGAAGAUCUUACAGCUCUGCAAGCAAGGCUAAGAAGGCGUUUUCCCGUGGAUGCAUAUAAUAAGGCACGCAAGGAAUUGGACCCUAACAGAAUCCUUUCUAAUAAUAAGCUGGAAAAGCUGUUCCCAUUAUCAGAAGCCAUUUAAGAAGCAUCUUUUUUUGAUUGGACUGCAGAAUCAUUCUAUCCUAGCCUUGAAUAAAUUUAUGAACAGGUGUGCGUUUUUUAAAUUAGCUUGAUUUCAUGAUUUAGAAUGUCUAUUGACUUCAUGGCUAUUUUCUCAUUUAUGGUGGAGCAUUAAAUUUUCAACAUCACAUGAUUUUUAAGAUCAAAAUUACCAAUUGGAUUUGUUUUACAUUGCCUAAGGUGGGAGAAAAGCUUACGGUUUGCUGUUUAUUGGGUAUCCCGUCCCAAUCUUCACUCUGAAAAAUAAGUAUAACCAUUGCUUUUGCGAAGGCUUAAAUGAUUUAAACCUUUAGUUGCAGCAACUUUUUUUGGGGCAAAUAUAAGAGCAUAAUUACUUGAAAAGAUGUUUACCUACAAACGUGAAAGAUGAAUCUAAAUGAAGAGCAAGAAACAAGGAAUUCUAACUUGUGGGCAAGGAACCAUGAUGACCUCAAAGCCUCAAUGCGGGUGUUGAUCAGGAGCUAGUGUUGAACAUGAAUCCAGUCUUAGAUUUUGGUUCUCUGCCUAAUAUAUUGAACUGAGCCAGACCCAGAAAUAGGUCUUUUUAGCAGUUACAAGGCUGGAAGGAUUAGGCCUUUGUGAUUAGUAAUAUGCUUCUAACUCUAUUUUUAGAACUGUGGUCAUUUCUCAUCACUUAGAAAACCCAAAUGUUGAAACUCAGAAAGAAAUGAAAAUUGAAUGAGGAAAUAAAAAGGUACAAAUAUAUUAAUAGAUAGAUUGUUUGCUACACAUGUCCUAUCAAUUACAUUUAUUACAAUAAUCUGAUCAAUUAUAGAAAAGCAGAUCAAUCAAUACAAAUCCAUAGCAGAAGCUAUGCUUAUUUGAACCACUGAUCAAAAUUCAGAAGCAAGCUUCACACAGCCAACAGCAGCACAGAGCGAAGAGGCUGCAUCAGCAAGGGAAACAACAAAAAAGAUAAGCAUUAGGGGUGAAAAGGAAAGAGAAGCUUUUCUGAAGAGAAUAGUUUUCUAUGAAAUAUCCAAUGACAUCCUCUGUUCCAUAAACGUAAUCUUUGGGAGAAAGAGUAAAGCUACUUUUAUGAGAUCCUCUGUUUCAUAAACAUAAUCUUUGGGAGAAAGAGUAAAAGCUAUUUUUAUGAGAGAGAGAGAGUAGUUUUAGAGCCCUAAUUAGGCACAAAUAUGCACAGUUGUCCAUACUACAAAAAUUAGCUGGCCUGACUUACCAUCCUUCAAUAAAGCCUCUGUCUCCUUUCUUCUUUGAAUGAUGGAAGCGCUUCUUCCCAGUGGUGGGAGUCUCAGUUGGGUACCCUUUUCAAGAAUAAAAGAGAUAUAGAAGUUAGUUCUUCCAUAUUGAAAAGAAAGUCCACACACACACACACACACACACACACAGAUAGUUACUAGAAACCUGCAGGGGGAUUGGUUUCUUGCUUCUCUGAGUUAGGCAUUCUUGAGGAAAAGCAGAGGAAUCUUGAGCCUAGUCGUGUCUCUCUCUUGCUGCAACUGUCGUAUUCACGUAGGCAAGGAUGCCUAAACUAGGAUAUACUUGCAGUUGUUUAUAUGCAUUCGUUCAUCUCUCAGAAUGAAUAGAUAAAUAAACUUGAUGAGUAAGCUUUCGCUUUUGCUUGGCACAAAUUGAUUCCUGAAGUUGCUUUCUUUGUUGGGUCGGUAAUUAAAUAUUCCAAAGUUUUCUCAUUCAGAGAGCCAAUACAACCCUGUUCAGACUUUCAGGUAUUAUGAAGUUGACAUUUUGGUGAUUGAAAUUGGCUAUGGCAAAGGCAUCCAGAGCUUUUAAAGGAAACCUCCCAUAGGCUGUAGGAUAAAAGAUAUUGCCAUAUUUACCCUUUAAUUUGAUCUUCAAAAGCAUGUUAGAAAGAGUAGAUAAAA